AUGGUAAAUCGAGCACAUACACAAACGAAUCGAAGUAAUCUUGGUCGAGUAUUGUCCAUUGGGCGGAGCAGAACACGACAUGUUACUGUAAGAUCAUUUUCAGAAAUGCCAAAAGUUGUAAGAUUAUCUCGUCGUCAUCGUCAACAAUCGGUCAAAACUCUAAGCAUUCUUCAAUCAAAAAAAUUCAAUUUUCAACAUGUUAGCGUGACUCGUAAAAUUCGUCCAGCCCUGAAGAGCACUUGUUCUGGUAGUCAAAAAUCAGCAGAUGUUGGUGAUAGUUUGGAACCAUUGAUUGACAAUCAACCAGAUCAGAAAGAAUCGGCUGAGAAACGUCGUAGAAAAGAUAACAAUAAAAUGGCAGGAUGUUGUUGUGCUUGUCCACCUGUAUGUAUAUUUUUCUCGAUAGUUGGCUUUAUUCUUCUUGGCGGAAUUAUUGCUGCAAGUGUCAUAGCUUUAGUAUCACAAUCAACUAAGACAACAACAACAACUAUCAGUACCAAAACAACCACUAUAAGCAAAUCGACAACCAGUACCACAACAACAACCACAACUGUAUCCACAACAAGUACCAUGACAACAGCUACAACUGUAUCAACAACCACUACCACAACAACAACUACAGCUGCAUCAAUAAGCAGCACCCAAACAACAAACACAACUACGGCAGUGACGACAAUAAUAACAGCUAAUUCAUGUUCACCUUCAUGUAAUUCACAACAGACAUGUAUACAAAGUAUAUGUCUAAAUGUAGGACAUCUCGCAUGUGUUUUGGUAUGGUCUCGAUCAGGUGAUGGCGAUAUUGUAGUGACAACACCCAAUGGGAAAACCAUUAACUAUCAAAAUAUAGGUCCUUCAUCAAGUACUGAUCAAGGAAUAUUGGAUAGAGAUGAUACAAGUAGUACAGGACCGGAAAAUAUUUAUUGGCCAAGUAGUGGUUCUCUACCACCCACAGGAACUUACUACAUGUGCUUUGAAUCGUAUUCAUUCAGUCCAACUAUCAGCAGUAGUGAUCCACUCACGGUUACCUAUCAUAUUGUACAUGCUUCUGGUGCUUUCUUCAAUUAUACACGAACAUUUACUUCAGUUUUAAGUGAUUCGUAUAACUGUGGUGCAACUUCAAGCACUCUUAUCGGUUCAUUCACUUAUCCAUAA